CUUCCCUGCCAGCAGCUUUUUGUCGGGGGUUGCUAGCUACAUGCUACUGCUACCUAGCUAGCAAGCAUUUCCUGCCUGUGACUGGACACAGCUAUGGACAUCGACGCGUUGUUAGAGGCGUUUCAAGAUUUUGAGAAGACAGGCAAGAAAGAGACCUGUCCUGAACUAGAGCACUUCUUGUGUCAUGUUGCCAAGACAGGCCAGCCAAUGAUCUCGUGGUCACAGUUCAAAACGUACUUUGUGUUUAAGUUGGAAAAAGUCAUGGACGAUUUCCACGCUUCUACACCAGAACAGAGAGCGCCACACAAUCCCAAUGUGGACUAUGUUCCCUACGAAGAGAUGAAGACGAGGAUCCUCAAAAUAGUGGAUGGUUACAAUGGAAUCCCGUUCACCAUCCAACGUCUGUGUGAACUCCUCACGGACCCCAAGCGCAACUAUACAGGAACAGAAAAGUUUCUCAUGGGUUUAGAGAAGAACGUAAUGGUGGUCAGCUGUGUGUACCCCACAUCAGAGAAAAAUGGGGCAUCCAGUGUAAACAGAAUGAAUGGAGUGAUGUUUCCUGGUAACUCUUCUCUAUAUUCAGACAGCCGAAAUGUAAACGGGCCCGACACACCAAAACCGCUCAACAGACCGAAGCUGUCAUUGUCGGCUUCUCUUUCCAGCAACGGGCUCCCUGACUGUGCAGUUAGUAAAGAGCCAGAGCCGACCACAGAGGAGGUAGAGGAGCACCAUGUCAGUGAUUCCUCGCCAGCAGAGGGUGAAAUUACUCCGAACAGCAGGACAAAGAACAAACACCCUGCGGAGGAAGAGGAGGAGGAGGAGGAGGAGGAGGAGGAUUCUGGGACUGGCAGGCACCAGGUCAAGAGGCUCAAGUUUGACGAAAAAGAAGAGGAUGAAACAGAAAGUGAAGAAAACGAGUCGUCUUGUAGUAAAGGGUCAGAGAGCUCGCCGGAGACGUCGCAGUCCUCGGAAGACUCCUGUGGCCAAGAGUACAAAAGUGGAGCAUCUUGUGAAACAAAUUCUUCUGCAGAGGAUCAUGAGCCUAGUUGCACACAGACGGAAGCAUCUGAAAUGGAUGAGGACUCGUCAGAGAGGGGGGAUGUCCACGGUGUGGAGAAGGACAGCACUGUGGAUCAAGCUGAGCAGCCUGCUCCAUCAGAGAAGAGUACAAGCUUUGAGCAGGAGAAUGGGGAGAGCAGCAGCAGCAGCAGCAGCAGUGACGGAGAAGGCGUACCCAGCGACAAGCACAUCCCCUCUUCAGGUAGUUCACCUGACUUGUCAACAGAGGGCGACGCUGACAGUUCAAACAGCACAAAGACUGCAAUCGAGCCAGGGGAACAUGACUAUCUUGAAGCCCAGUCUGCAAACUGACUUUUGAUUUUUACACUGUAUGAUACCGUAUUAUGGGUAUAUCUGUAGCACUGUGGACCUCUGGACUUCAGGACCAGGAGCGAUGUGAACCCUCAAGAUUCCUCACAAAAGGAUCUUUUUGUCCUUUUCAAUUUCAACUAUUCCAGUCCAAACAUCACCUGGUCUAAACUGGAAGGAAAUGAUUUAAAGAUUAUGGAGACUCAGCUUUUUUCACUGUUGACUAAAAAAAUUUUCUAAUCUUUUUUUCCCAGAUUUUUUAUAUGAACAAUAUAAUUUAACCUUGAUAACUAAUGUAUUCAGUAAUUUCAUUAUUCUUAAAUUAUUUGGCAUGCAUUUCCCAAAAGAUACAUUUGACAGUUUGAGCUGUGUUUUGGCCUAAUCAUCUCUCCUGUUGAAUGAGGACACAUGCCAUUAAGAAUGUGAAGACACUUCUGUUUGCUUUUUCUAUGACAGCUUCAAAUGUAUUUCUUAUUAACAUUCUAUUGCACUUGUUUGCAUUUAACCCUUGAAGGAUGUGGAAUAUGUCACCGUUUUGCUUUGUCACUGUAUAAAGCCAAUAUUAACACACAUUAUUGCCAGUAGUAACCAGUUUGGUUAGAUAGAAUAUUAGUUUUGCUUACGGGAAGCCAUUUCUCUAUCAAAAUCUGUCAAAAUACCACAAGGUACUUUUACACUUUCUGUAUGUCAUACCUUAGUUGUACAAAUGUCCCUUUUGAUAGCUUGGAUUUUUACAGUACGCAUCUGUAAAUCAGUUUUUGUAGACUUGUAAUACAUGUCCACUGCCUUCAUAGAACUGAUAAUAGCUGGAAACUGAAUGCUUGAGCUUGUAUCAUAGUAUUCAUGGAAAGCAAUAAAUGCUAAAAAAUGUGAAGUGUAACAUGCUCAGUUAAUGUAAAUGUUUUUUUUUUCUUUUCACUUUUAUAUCUGAAGAACAAUGAGUGCCACUGAAUUAUGGGGAUCACCUUUUAGCCGUACUCCAGGUGUCACCCAUCAAUAUCUGUACGGGUGAUUCCACAACCCACAGAAAUUCCUCUUGUCUAACACUAAUUUCAAGACGGUACACGUCUGAAACUAAUUCAUGACAUAUGAACUAAAUGUUUGGUGCUAAUUGGCUAAUUUUUGCAUGCUUAAA